CUCAGGUGGUUUCCGUGUCAUGGAGACCGGUUUCCCCCUCCUCCUGUGGUGCUCCCACACUCACGGGAGCCGUAACCAGACACCUGCUUUUUGUUUUGUUCGUGGCUCUCCAGGUAGAUAAAAGAACAGAGGAGGGUGGAGGAGGGGGUCAGAGGCAGGUGCGUCACAGAUCUUUGGUUUCAGCUUAUUUGGUGUGAUUGCAGGCAGGGCGAUAAGAGGAAGAAACAGCAAAGGGAAGAGGGAAGAGAGAAGUGCAGCAGAGGAAAGUUAUUUGCCUUUAAAUCGAAGACUUCUCUCUGACCAGAGCUGCGGUGGAAAGACGGAGACAGAAAGGGAGGCGUGCAGGAGGACUACAUCUUUUUUAAUGCACUCAGGCACCUGGACGCUCUGCAGCAGACUGACGCACAUUCAUCACAGACUCAGAGCCUGAUAGAAAAUCUAAUCAAACACUCGAAGGACAUGAAGACCGGCAAGAAAUCCUUCAUAGGUAGGUGCACCUUUAAAUCCCUGCGUGUGGCAUGUGACCGUCUGUGCAGCAGAGGAGGAUGCACCUCCAAAACAUGCAACUUUUCCUCCUUAAUCACCUGAAUAUUCCGUCUUUUCCCUCUGUUCAAUCAUGUGACUAUUAAAAGACAAUUAUUAGUUUCGUUCCCCUCUUCUUUCUGGUAUUCUCUCGCUUUGACGUCAUUGCCACUUCGAUUGUUUCUUGGCAGCACAAAGCACCAGAUGCCAAUUACAAAAUGCAUCAUCGAGGGCUCCUCCGUCUGUUCUCGAAUUGUUGUGUUGGUUAAUUAUGUAACGUCCGAAUGCAGAGCCUCUCGCCUUCUCCCUACUUUUCAUCUCAUUUGUUAUUUGAGAGGAUAAUGGAUACUGCCAGCCAUCAACGAGGAGACAGAGAGACAGAGACAGAGAGAACUUAACUGAAGACUCGAAGAAACUGGAAAACCUCCUUUGAUUGAUUUCUUAUGAUAAAAUAGCUUAUGCUAACAAAAAGGAGUUAGCCUAGUUUGGCCUAAAUACUGAGAAUGGGGGCAAACUGUUGCUUUUCUUACCUCAUAUCUGACCACUUUAAUGUCUUACAAGCAACCUGUUUAGCAAAGAUUAGAAACAGCAGAUUCCACAUUUCUGAUUUAGCUGUCUUCCCGUAAAACUCAAAUAUUUACGAUGUAGAUGUGCCAGUUUAAAGACAUCAUGAUGCACUUGAUCUCAAAAGUCAGAAGUUUAGAGACGCCCAUCAAAUUAAGUCACUUUGAACCCCACCUGAAGUCUGGACUCCAAUACUUUGGAGAUUGGGAUGAACUGCACAACCUCAUGAAGAUCUUUGACAGAAUAAGUGACCUCUGUCUGGACUCUCAUUGUUUCACAUUGUGAAACACAGAGUUAUGUUGUUUCUCUGGUAAAAAAUUCAAUUAUAAGAUCAAUUUUUGAAUUAAUCUAAUUCAAGUAUGAGUCAGUAACACAAACACAUCAUAGUUGUGUAAUAGUAGGGAUUGAGGGUGAGUCCACAGACUCCAUAGACUCUCUGUUAUUGUUGUUGUUGUUGUUGUUAAGGCGUCUUGUUUUGCUGUAUAAAUAUGCACUUUCAUGUGGGUGUUUAUGAGACUUCCUGACCUAAAAGUAAACUUGAGGAACUUCGGUUUUCAGCACUUCCACAUCGGUUUCAUAUUUCAACAUCAGAGACCGGACAUCGGUUUGAGAGACACUAUCUCAGAAAAAGCAAGACUUUAAAACGCGAUCUAGUCUCAGCGACGUCAAUUACCUUUCAAAAUCCAACAAUGGUGGUCAACGCUUUUAAAAAUGCUGACUCAUCCUAAAAACAGGUGAAGAGGCGGAGCUUGAGCAGGUUUUAAGCAGCUAUAAUGUGCUCGAUAUUAGCAUAACUCUUACUCUAAAAAUGAUAAAAAAUUGUUGAAAUAUCACAAAUAUUACAACAUGAAAUAUUACAAAUCACAUUUUUGCACAAAACUGCAGUCAUGUUGGAUUUUGUUGUAAAAUAGGUGUCAAUGGACUUUCUUUGACUUUUGGAGCCAGCCCCAAGUGGACGCUCAGGGAACUGCAGUUUUAGCACUUCUGCACAGGCUUCAUUUCUCAACCCUGAGAGUUGCUGCUUAAAAAAAUCCAAACUAUACGAAAUUUCAGGUUUUUGUUAAUUUAUUUUGUUGAUUUAUUCUUAGUUGAUGUUUCAUAGACGAAUGUCUUCUUGAGUAAACUGGUUAUGCUAAAUUUGUGCUGCCAUCAACACUCAGCACACCAAACAAAUAAUUCAGAGGAGGACACUUAUGCUGCGUUACAGUUACCUUAGAAGUUGGAUAUCGGAGCUGGGAAUGACGUCAUACCCGAGUUACCAGCGUGUCAGUUACCAAAUUGGACAACCAAGAUGGACGCCUACAUUAGCCGUUGUUAGCUGUUGUUUACAAUUGUCAGCUGUCGUUAGAGGUUGUCAGUUGUUGUUAGCUUGGAAAUUCUGACUUCCGAGUACAACUGGAACGUAGCACAAAUGCCAGCUAACUUCAUCUGGUUUGAGUAGUUUAGCUGUUUAAACAUUUCCAUCACUUUCUUUGUCCUGUUACCACAAUACAGGUUAUGAAAAGGGGGAACAGGAACCGUGGUAUAAAAACAGAAGUCGCCUCUGUGCUGAUUCAUGACGUUUAGCCCACAUUAGGAGCAGAUGCUGUUAGUGAAUGAGACUCUGGAGCUCUGAAUGAAAAUGGCCUCUGUCUACUUCCUGUGUAGUUUCAGUAAUGUACAGGGUAAACAACAAACAGCACCAUAGCAACGGAGCAGAAAUAUGAUGGUAGACCGGCAGCCAUUUCAGAGAACAUUGGGACAAAGCUCGUUUUGCCAUAAUGAUAGUAAUUAUAGCAGUAAUAGCGGCCACAUUAAUAUAAUUAAUGGAGGCAUUGGGGUUUCAAAAUAGGCAGGAUCAUCCCACAAGCUUGGAAGCAAAUUAAAGUCAGGCAUCAUUUGUAAAAAUCUGGCAGUAAAUUAGUGUGAGUCAUCACAGAAGAGAGCAAACACUUCAUCUCUCUUUUUUAUCUGAUGGAGCAGGCGAACGAGCAGCAAUCUAAUCCUCCGUGGAGAAUUGGGAAAAAUAAAAAACACAUCUCAUAUCCUGCCUGGGAAUUCAGCCGGGGAAUGAGGAGCAUUUAAAAUCUAGCUCUGCUCUCAUGAGCCAAAAUCUGCUCCUACGCGUUCAGGGCCUGAGGCUGCACUGCGACGCUGCCCGACAGGACGGCCACCUCCGGUCUGCAUCUCUGCAGCUCUGUGUAUGAGUAAUACUAAGUGACUAUGAGAGAGUGAUGCAGGCUGAGAGCACGAACAGAAAAAAAGGGGACGCUGAAAAGACCAAACAGGAUCUGAUAUAAUGUGAGAUCAGAAGCUGCAGGAGUUGGCAUGACUCUGUAGGUGUGUGAUGGCUCCCCUGAGCCGCUCAACAAGACCCACAUAGUAAUUAGAGAUCCUCCAUCCUCAUUAGCCAACAGCCUUCCUGCCAGCCUCACAGUCGGUUACUGAGGGCCUGUUUGACUGUGUGACUCACUCAUCCACCUUCUGCUGCCUGCGACCCACUGCACUGGAAGCAGGUCUAGUUUCUCAUGCUCUGCCAGAGUGUAAAGCACCUGAUACUCUGACAAAUAAAUUCCCAGUAAUCUCCGGGAAAACCAAGAAGGCGUCUGAGCCACACUUGGAAUUAUUACACACUUAACUCCUUAAAUGUGUAAAAAAUCCCCGUUACUGUACAAUAAUGCUGGAAAAUCAUGGAUGGGCAUCAGAUGGAGGACCCACUUGUUGAUUUGUGGCAACAGCCUGAGAGUUUUUAAAAACGUGUCCUUAAAUCAAAAUCACAAUCGGAGAAAUGAUCCACCAUGAAGCAGCUGGCAAAAUUCAUCGCAAUAACAAUGUUUGUUUACUCUAAUCACCCGUGAGUGUGAGAGAUUUUGCAAAAUGUCCAAUUUUCAGUGUUGGCACUCUGGGUGUUGCUGGACAGAGUCUGCUGGUGUGGGCUGUGCUGUGUUGGUUUUAUUGUUGCACUUCAUAAACUAUAAGAACAAAGCUGUUUUUUGUUAUGUGUGGGGUCUCAUAUUUACGACAUCUGCUUUCAGAUGGACAAGGCUUGAGACAGAGGCUUGAAAUGACAUUCAAUUUUGCUUAACUUGCAGUUUGUUAAGAAAUUAAUAUUGGUAUCACUGGUUGAAUUUUUGUUCCUUAUGUUUAAAAUUUCUUGACAGUCUCAGUCCAUGGGUGUUUUUUUAAACUAUAUCAAAUCAUAGUAAUGUUUUAGUAACCUUUAGCUUCCUCGCUAACAGCUACAGCGCGCCUCAAAGUAAUACAUAAAAAUCACGGUGUGUGCAGAAUGAGAAAUGAGCCAUUUAGACAAAAUUUGUUACUUAUACCAGGCUGUGAACAUGUUUAUAUUUGCAGUGAAUUGUUUUUUUUAAUGGGUGUGUAUGUGGCCUCAAGUGCUUUUGGAACAAGCCCCAAGUGGACAUUCGAGGAACUGCAGUUUUCAGCACUUCUCCAUUUAACACGUGAAUGAUAUUUUCUUUUUCAUUUACAUGGUCAUGAGUAUUUUUUAGUAGUCUGAAAAUUUUCAAAUGGAGUUGCUUAAACCUACAAACAGAUAUAAGAUAAACACUUAAAUCUGCAGGUUUUUUUCGUGGUCCGAAGCUAAAAUGUAAUUUCAGGUAACUGUUUAGCCAACUGGGCCAAAAUUAACAGUUUCCAGUUUAGCUCUCACAGCUCUUAUAGCAUAAUUGUCACCCAUAACUGGCAGUUUUUAUGAGUAAAAGGGUCUAAAAGUUGUAUGAACAGGACCUUAGUUUAGGACCUCAGUAUUAGGAGUUAGCUGCAACAAGGACAGAUAUUUCAUACCAAAUAGACAGAAAACAAGGCAAUAAAGGGGAAGACCGAUCCAACUACAAGAAGUAAAUGGUUUUGGACAUAUCUUAUUGUGUUGCUGACAAGCACUUUAGAUAGAACCGCAAGAAGAAUUUGUUCAAAACAAUGAAAAUCAGCACCACUGCAACAUUUAUCACCACGUUGUAAGGAAACAGAAAGGGACCCAGUUGAAUACUUGAAUGUAGUUGCUGAAACAGUCCACUUUAUUAGUCCUUUCACAAAAUCUGGGGUAGGCACGGAAGCAAAUUUCCUCUGAAUAAAUUUCAGCCAGCCAUCCUGAUCCACAGUAUUAUGGAGAAACCAGUAAGACCAGUUAGCAAUGAUAAGACAAGCUUUGUUCACUGGAGGACGACAUGAUUAGAUGAAAUAUGGGCAUGUAUUGAUCAAUAGGUAAACAGUGAUAAAACCACUUCCUACUUUCUGAAAUAUAUACUAUUUUUGAAUAAAUAUGAUGCUAAGUUCCCCAUCUUUAACGUAGAGAAACACAAACUGAGUUAAUAUUCAGUGCAGCUCACACACCAACCUUUCGUCCCCAAAAAGAGCCUAUAAUCUUGCAGCAUAAGUGUUCUCGCCCCCGCUGAGUCCGGGGGUGUUAUGAUUGAUGGCACCCAGGGAGAUCUGAAAGGCUUUUACUGGGUUUGCUGGCAGGUGACUCACAUGACUGCUUGACAAUGUGCGAACAAGCAGAAGUGCUGCCGGUCUGCUCAGCAUCAAUCUCAAGAGGGACGGGAAGGAAAAGUGGAGCUGCCAUUGUGACGGCGCUGAAUAAAACAGGAUUACUCUGGAACUGAAGGGAAACAGAAAUGGACUGUGAUGUAUGUUCAUUUCUGGUAAUCCCACUGGGAGGCCUCAAUGGGAGUGGCAGGACUCUUGAGUCUUCUCACAGUGACAAAAUUUAGAUAAAGGGGAAACACAACUUUUGGUCAGCUGUGCCAGACAUCACCUGACUUUCUGCUCCAUCGCAGUGGAAACAAUGCAAAUCAAAGACCGAGACAUGUUUGUCCUUCUGCGUGUAACCAGAGAUGAUAACCUGAUAGGCCUAAAAUAUUCACAGCGGGACUACAUGAGGUCAGGGGAAAAGCCUUAAACACAGCCAGGGAGAGGUGUCGCUGUCAAAGAAACCAGAUCAGCUGGGGUUCAGCGCGUAAACAGAGCUGAAGCUGAGCAGUCGGGGACCUUCGAGCUAGUUUCGGUUUGAGCGUUCCUGCCACUUAACUUCCCCAUAAGUGAACUACCGGUCCUGUGAUGUCUCGCUUCCAUUUCAUUAUGCAUGAGUGUCACAUGUCAGACUCCUGGGACAAAAGCCAGAAGUUCCCCGCUGUCAGAGCUCAGCUGAAUGAGCCUCUGAGGACCGUGGCAGAUGUUUUAAAGAACACUGUGGGGACAAGUACUCAGAUACUUCAUGGAAAGUAGUGGGGCUGCAGGGCUCAGGGGGGAUUUUUCAAAUGUGAGGUCAUGACAGUUUUCUUUGAUAUAUCAAACUAAAACAUUUUAAAGUUCAACCUGUCAAAAGACUAUGGAUGUAGAUAAACUUCAAGUUUACUCUAAUCCAAUGCAUCAAAGAGUAGGAUUUAUGUUAAAUAGUGUUCAAAUACUGUGAAUAAAUAAUGUAGGAAAUCAUAAAGGGUAUUUUUAAUGGUAUCUAACAUUCUUUAGACGGAAAAAAAAACAAUCUAAUUGGUCAAAUUGAUUCUGAUUGGUCAGUACUCCAUAGCAACAGUCUGUUAUUUCUUAACAGCCUACUGUUGCUAUGGAAAUGGCUCUGCUUAGGCUCUGGCAGUCUAUCUGUAACCAUGUCAAUUCACAGAGGGUAGUUCAGUAAAUUUGAUGUUAGUUUGUUUAUAAUGGAAAAAAGGAAAGAGACUAUUAUGGUGAAUUGUUGAGACAGGUUUAAGACUCAAAAAAAGGAGGGUACUAGAGAGAAAUGUACAGAAUUUACAAUGCCACAUGAGGUAAACAUAAUAAAAGGAAAUCAUAAGGGGCAUUUUUGACAAUAUAACAUUCUUUGGACGAAAAAAAAACACUAUAACUGGUAAAACUGAUUCUGAUUGGUCAGUACACUAUAGCAACAGUCUGUUAUUUCUUAACAGCCCACCAUUGCUAUGGACAUGGCUCUGCUCAGGCUCUGGCAGUCUAUCUGUAAUCAUAUCAAUUCACAGAGAGUGGGUCAGUAAAUUUGAUGGUAGUUUGUUUAUGAUAGAAAGAGACUAUUAUGGCGAAGAAAAGCUGAGACAGGUUUAAGACACACAAGAAAGUGAAAUUUACAGAAUUUACGAUAACACAUGAAAUAAACUUAUUAAACGGGAUAUGCUGGUGUUUAAAGGCUGACAAGUUGCCUUUGCCACCCUUAGGUUGAGGCAGUGUCUGUAAUAUGGCUACUGCCAUUGUUUGGCUUCAAAAACCCCCUCUAUAGAAACUCACAGGUGGCCACACUGAGACUGCUUUUGGAUUUUCCCGAUAAAGACAAAGACUCGUAUCAUUUUACAAAAAUGUCUCGCCUUGAAUCUCAAGUUAUAAUCUUAGAUACUGCAAUAACAGAAUUAAAGUACUACAUUACCAUUAAAAAUCCUUUUGCCUAAAACCAUUUAGGAACCAGCUCAGGUUUCCAUCUGCUUUAGGAUAAAAAGUACAUUACUUUCUAAUAUACUAUACAAUGCAAGAACUUUAUGAUCCCCAAAGGGAAAUCAUAUAUUAUAAUACUGCUGAAGUGUUCAGAAAUAAAGUGUUAAACUGUAACAGAGAAAUGUUUUUAUCAUUAUCCUCUCUGUGGGGGAAAAUAGUCACAGACAGAUCUCAUUUGAAACCCCUUACUGCUCUGCAAGUCAUCAGAGAACACUUUUAAUCAGCAGACCAAAGAAACUCAUCAACACUGAGUGGAAAUUGUGCUUUAAUUUGCAGUGCGGCUCCGUCUCUUCCUUGGGCAGUAUAGCUAUCUGCAUUAUGGCAUCAUUAUGUAACUUUCAGGGUCAGUGGACCACAUCCAUGACAGCUGCUGGACCCGUCACUAGUGGGGCUUAGAGGGGCAUGAUGUCAUGUGCAUUUUCUCUGAAUUUAUGUAAUUCUGUCGUGCCAAGUCACCCUUAUAACCUUGAGCUGAUCAGCUGUGCAAUCCUGCUAAUUAAGCGUAUGGAGAUUUCUGGAAAUUGCAUUGAUUUCUGUGAAGGAUGGAUGGAUAAGCUGUGCAGAACAGUUUUUCUUACUUCCUGUAUGUUAUAGCUUUUACACGGAUUACUGCAGCUGUUGCAGGCAGAAGCUGAAAUGCAGCAGUCAUGACAUACAUUUCACCACAUCCUUUCAAAAUAAAAGUACUGCAGGGAGGCUCAAAAGGGAAUGAAGCCCUGUAUGCUACUGGGGCAGAGGAAUGCCACUGCUGCAAAAAAAAAAAUAAAAAAGCAAAAAAAUUUUUAAAAAGAAAACACAAUGGAAGUUGCUGAUGCAAAAAAAAAAAGAAAAAAAAAAAGAAACCGAAGCCCACUGCAAAUAAAAAAAGAAAUGGUGCUGAUAAGAAAACAAAAAACAAAAAGGAAAAAACCCCACAACUGCUGUAUUUCAGCUUCUGUCCGCAACUACAGUGGCCGAGAACCGCCACUCCUGCAAAUAAAAAAGAAUGCAAAAAAAAUAAAAGUCACAAGGGAAGUUACAGGUGCAAAAAAUAUAUAUAUUUUCGCGGUAAGUAACUUUUUUUUAUUUGCAUCACCACUUUUUUUUGCGUCAUUAACUUCCGUUGCAGGGUUUUUAAUUUUUUUUUUUAUCUCCACCGUUUCUUUUUUUAGAAAAAGAAACGGUGGAGGCUACAGGCUACAGUUUUUAUUUAUUUUUGCAUCAGUAACUUCUGUUGUGGUUUCUGUUUUUUGCAUUUUAUUUAAUUUGCAGCAGUGGCAUUCUUUUUUCAUUUGCAGCAGUGGGCCGUUCUCGGCACCUUAGUUGCUGGCAGUAGCUGAAAUGCAGCAGUUGUAGGUGUUUUUUUUUCUUUUUAGUUUUUUUUUGCAUUCUUUUUUGCAACAGUGGUGUUCUUUUUUACACUCUUUUUUUAUUUGCAGCAGUGGCGUUCUUUUUUGCAUUUUUUUUGCAUUAUUUUUAUUUGCAGCAGUAGUGUUCUUUUUUGCUAGUUUUUUAUUGAAUUCUUUUUUAUUUGCAGCAGUGGCUGUUCUCGGCCACUGUAGUUUCAGGCAGAAGCUGAAAUGCAGUAGUCGUGACAUACAUUUCACCACAUCAUUUCAAAAUAAAAGUACUGCAGGGAGGCUCAAAAAGGGAAUGCAGCCCGGUUUUGGUGUCUGUAUGCAGCCAAGAAGCCCAACCUGUUUCAGUCAAAUGUUUUACUUCGCCCUACAGCUCCCCUUUAAAAAUGUUGUUAGGAUAUCCUCGCACAUGAUGAUCAUCGUCAGAUGGAGAUUUCCAUUGAGAGAAAAGAAAGCAGAAGAUGUGGAGGAGGUGGUGGUGGGGGUUUCAGCUCUCACCUCCUCCUCCUCCUCUGCGGUGAGCUCUCCUCCUCGUCAUCCUCCUCCUCUUCAUCCUCCUACAGGCAGAAUGUGGCUGCAGCGGAAUCCCGUGACGUCACGCCUGCAGUUGCCGUGGUUACUUGAGUGACGUUUGAAAAUGGGCGGUGCCGCUUCCCAGUACCACGUGCUCCGUAUAUAUUCGGUGACUGGCUCGAGCCGUGGCCAGCGGUUAUUCAGAGCGGAGCGCGGCCGGUUGAGCUCUGACUUUAGUCGGUGAAGUCAGUGAUAACUGACCGCAGGACAGGAGGACUGGAGAGGAUUUAUUGUUGAUUUUUAUCGUGUUUUAUCGGAUAUCCGUGUUUGUCGCUGUCAACAUGGCUGUCACUGAAGCUGGAUGUGAUCUGACUUACUGCAAAAUGAGGGGGAUUGUCGCCGUUCUUACCGGUGAGGGAAAAAAAAAACUGAAAACAUUAAAAUUUUUAGACAUCAAUUUAGCUUUAAAUUUCACUCACUUGUGGACAAACUAACGUAUUUAUUGUUAUUUGCCACAUAAUACGAAAAAAUGGUGAAUUAUUCCGGAUUCUGAUGAGCCUUUUUUGUAAUUAUUCCAUGAAAUUGUGCCACAAAUUGCAGAGAUUGACUCUAACUGUGAAGGAUUUAGCCUUAAAAUCUUCAAACUGUCUAUCUUUAAUAGUACUAAGAAUCUGUGAUGGAAAAUGCUUUGUUGGCCACCACUGUUGGUAUCUGAAUGAGUGACCCAAGUGGUUGCAUAACCCAUAAGCCCGCAGCAUUAGGUCCACGCACAACACGCAAAUCUAUCCCAGAACAGGACAUGUGGGAUUCAGAAACAGAAGAUUACAGCUCAAAUGUUAAUUUUUUUUUCUUCUCUAUGAAAGGUUUAUGUUUGCAAAGAUGAGACAGUAUCACUGAUGGGGAUCCUCUCUUUGUGUUUCCAUUGCAGCUUUCAUCAAGGAGAGGAAGAUGGGGCUGAAUGACUUCAUCCAAAAGCUGGUGUCUACCCCACAUAUCUGCCAACAGUGAGUAUUCCCUCUUCAUAUAAUAUUUGUUAUGGGUGGAAAAUUGGCGUGGGAAGGAGGCGCAAUUAAGAUGCGUCUCUUGGCGUCCCUUCCUUCCUGGCUUUUGUAUUUAUUCCUGAUCGUUAGCCCAUUCACAAUCUGUGCGCGCGUUCGCCAAUCCAAUCAGCCACCUGAGUUUGGCAGGACAAUCUGUGCAGAGGAAUAAUCUGCACCCAAGAAACCAGGGUAAGAAUAGUUCUGUCAUGACAAGCCAGAAGCAGCGUCUCUACAUGCCUAAUCACCUACGCGGCAAAUCCUCUCUGUCCCCUAGACGAAGAUAAACCAGUAAUUCGGUUAUUACAUGAUACAUGGCUUGCAACCAUCACACACCAAGCGUCCAGAUCAGGAAACAGAAAAACAGACCCUGCAUCUGUCCUCUUCGGAUGGUUGAGGUAGAAAAGGGCGUCUGAAAUGGACCUCUGAGUUCUGCAGGGCCUCCUGUCAUGGGUCAGAAGCUUAAGCCUUUUCUCAGACAGGUUAGGAUAAUGAUCACAUCCUUAACUUGACCUGACCGGAUGUUUCAGUCGGUCAUUCAUGCCCAGCAGGAAGACCUUCAUUCAGCUUUCCAGCUCCACUAACUGCUCCAGAUCAUGCGUAUUAAGCCGCUCUAUUAAAGAUUUAACCAAAACAAACACUGCAGUAUUUUGUCAAGGCGUGAAAUCUAGUUCCACCGCUCAUCAUCUAACCGUCUUUGUGCUUAUUUCCGACAGUGUCGAAGUGAACAACUUCCUGAAGAUUGAUGAGAAUCAGAACGAGGAGGAUCAACUUCCUGAUAGUCCGGUAAGCAGAGAUGUGCUUUCUGUCUUUGUGACUCAUUUUCCUUCCAAAAUGUGGCAAAAUAUUCACAAAUUACCCUGCUCUGUAUCGUUCAGAUGUGCCUAAAUUCAAGAAGCUCGCUGGCUGAAGACACACAGUAAGUAGAUUUAAGAAAAAAAUACCCUUCUUAAUGUCUGCAGCGGGAGUUUUGCAAGAAAUCCUCAUGAUCUUCUUUCUUUUCCUAAACAGGAUCAAACCCUGCGAUUUUGACUACCUCAGAAUCAUCGGCAAAGGCAGCUUUGGAAAGGUAGGGUGACCUUAAAACUCUCCAGACAUGCAAACAUGCCUCUUGUAUAUCUACAUAUGUCUUUCAUCACCUCCACACUGUGACUAAUUACAAAUGUUUGUUUUGCUUCAGGUUCUGCUGGCUCGACACAAGGAGUCCACCAAAUAUUACGCUGUCAAGGUGCUGCAGAAGAAAAUCAUCAUGAAGAAGAAAGAGGUUAGACAUGCUGUGAAUCCCCCCGUGUCUCUUAAUGUUAAAAUAUCUUAAGGAUGUGCAAAAAUUAACGUCUUUAUUUUCCCCACAGCAAAAGCAUAUCAUGGCAGAGCGCAGUGUCCUGAUGAAGAACAUCAAACACCCCUUCCUAGUGGGGCUUCACUACUCCUUCCAGACCACCGACAAGCUCUACUUUGUACUUGAUUACGUCAAUGGUGGAGAGGUAAGUCCAGCGACACCAAAACAAACCCAAAUCAGGUCAAAAACUGAACUACUUUUCAGUCAGGUGCUGACAGAUGUUUGUCUUUCUCCCCUCCAGCUGUUCUACCACCUCCAGAGAGAGAGGAUCUUCCUGGAGCCCAGAGCUAGAUUCUACGCCGCUGAAAUUGCCAGUGCACUCGGCUACCUCCACUCCCUGCACAUUGUGUACAGGUAUGAGCGAUCCUACAGCUCCCUCUAGUGGGCAUUUGUGAGCAUGAUUUUUCUGCAGAACUUAACCGCAGGGGAGGGGAGGACUAAGAAGCUAAAAGAGAGUUUAUCUAAAGCUUUCCUUGUGUUUCUUUAACUCCUGCAGGGAUCUAAAACCUGAGAACAUCCUGUUAGACUCACAAGGCCACAUCGUCCUCACAGACUUUGGCCUCUGCAAAGAAGGCGUAGAGGCUAAUGGCACUACAACAACCUUCUGUGGGACGCCUGAGGUACAAAACACAGCUCUAAACAACACUCAUCCUUGUUUUAUGCAAAGAAAUGGUACUAUUUCAAGUUGCUGGACAUGAGUUGAUUUAUUCUUGUUGGUUUCUCCUCAGUAUUUGGCGCCUGAGGUUCUCCAGAAGCAGGCAUACGACCGCACGGUUGACUGGUGGUGCCUGGGGUCGGUGCUCUAUGAGAUGCUCUACGGACUUGUAAGUGAACUCUCUGACUUUCAGCCUCUUUGUGUAACAUAAUCGCUUUUUCAAGUACUAAAUCCGCCCUAUUCGCCCCACAGCCUCCGUUCUACAGCCGCAACACUGCCGAGAUGUACAACAACAUCCUGCACAAGUCUCCGGUCCUCAAACCCAAUGUGUCCAACGCAGGCAGGGAGCUGCUGGAGGGGCUGCUGCAGAAGGACCGCACCAACAGGCUGGGAUCAAAGGAUGACUUUGUAAGAUUUGACAGAUGACUGUUAAACAAAAAUAACACACAACAAACCAUAUGAACUUGUUUGUUGAUCUAUAUUUUUGUUUUCCCUUGUAGCUUGAACUCAAGUACCAUUCCUUCUUUUCUCCAAUCAACUGGGAAGACCUGAUGGCCAAGAAGAUCACACCUCCUUUUGUCCCCUCAGUGGUGAGUCUGAAAUAGAGCUGCGAACCAUCAUUUAGUCUCAGAAACUUAAGACUGGAAUUGAUCACUCAGGUUUCGGACACCCCUCAAAAUGGCGCAAACCCCCAUAUAGUCGCCCAUAUAGGGGUUAGAGAUCCAUUUUGGGCACAGCCAUUGACUUUUUCUACGUUGCUUUGGAUUCUUUUGGUCCCUUUCCAAACUUUCUGGGUCAGAUUGGGGCUCAAAACAUCUUAUCAUAUGUCAUUUUCUAAACAGACAUGACUUUGUAGAAUGGCAACAGUGGACGAGUCUGUCUUAAAGAGACAUUAGCCAUCUUGACUUUUUCGUUUCUGUAACAUGUUUAAUUAACAACUUUCCUGCUUCAUUUCACAGUCUGGCCCGACAGACCUGCGGCACUUUGACCCUGAGUUCACCCACCUGCCCGUCACAUCGUCUCUGUGCACCGACACCCUGACUGUGACCAGCAGCGUCAGGGAGGCGGCCGGAGCUUUUCCGGGCUUCUCCUACGGGCCCCCUGCUGAACUCUCCUUCAUGUGAACACCUACAUCUGUCCUGGGAACUCAUGAAAACAAAAGAACAGGAUAAAAACUCUGGACUCAGAGUCUUACUUUGACUGAGGGACCACACCAGAGCAGCCUGUUUUUUGGGGCGGGGUGGGGGGGUAAGUCAAACCUGAAAGGAGGAUCUAACUGACAGACUGGACGUGGAGACUGUGUGGGUGGAUCUUGUGCAUGAAAAAUGCGCAAAUGAAGACUCUACCAUUACAGAAACAGCGACCCCACUCUUCUGCCUCAUCCACUCAAAACUACAUUAAGUGUGUGCCAAGUGUUGAUGCACUCUGGGAUCUUGAGAGAUCCCCCUCUGAUAGCUCUGCUAGCUACAGGUGAAGAGAAGUGCCUGUGGUUCAAAAGGCAAUUUGGACGACGAUGACGAUGACGGCGGCAGCAGCAUUUAUCAAAAACCACAUUAUCAUCUUACUCAUUUGGACUUUUGACUAGUGCUUAAGCCGUUUAGAACGAUGCCUUCAAUACACACCUACAUAUGUUUGUGUUUUAUUUUGAAGUUCACAACUCAUUGUUGUUUUUAUCUGAAUGCUCGAUUGCACUUGAGGAAAAAGGGUCGAGGAAAAAGUGACACAUUCUACUUAAAGGAUCAACGACCUUGGAUUAGACAGAUGCAUAUCCUCCCUUGUUUUUAGAAUAAAGAAUAUUGAGGCGUUUAGUUUGUGUACGCUAAUAAUGAUUUUUGGACCAAACUGCUGCCGUAGAUUGCUUUAACUCAAACACUUUAUUUGAUUAACUCGAUCAAAGUUUGGCUGUACAGAGUAGGAACAAGGCGUUACAUAUUUCACUGCAAAACUUAAAGGAUUUUCAUGUUUUCAUAGCCUCACAGAUUAUUUCACUUCUACAUAUAUAAUACAUGACUUUAACUUGGCUCCUAGCAUAUAUAUAUAUAUAUAUAUAUAUAUAAAUAUAAAUAGAGAGAGAGAGAGAUAAGUAUAAUAGAUUUCAUUUAAAUUAUAUAUCCUGUAUGGGAAUAUUAUUUUGGUUAUUCAUUCCUUUUCUUUAACAACCAGUGACUGUGUUACGCUAUAUCUACUGACAGACUUCUCUGAUCGAUCAGGAGAGUUGUUCAACCAGCAAUAACAGGCCCACAUCACUGAUAGCACACUGUAUAUCAAAUGUCUCUCAAGCUGAGGUGACUGCUGUUUUCUUGCAAACACUCCAGAUAAGCGAUAUAAACUAGAAGACUACAAAUGUUUUUUGUAUUUAUGCAUCAUGUAGAGAAGAACUGUGAAUGUCUCGUGCCUGUCCAAGGCGGCCUGAUCCGUAUAUACUCUGUGUACAUAUCUCUUCUCCCUCAACCUUUUGGUCCCUUUUCUAGAAAAUAAUCUGUGUAAAAAAGAAGUGCUUCGUUAACUUGAUGAGGAACCGUAGUAUACGAAGUAGACGCAGUGUUAAGCCACUAGCGUACUUCAUACGGUUCUGGAAAGUGCAAUAAAUUCUUGUUAACUCUGAAGGAAUUAUAAUGAUGUAAAAGUUGUGAUUUUAAGGUGAUAUUCAUUAAUUUAUUUUAAGGAGAAUCUUCACUCAAAACGAGUUUGUUUCACCCCACUCAGUCUUUACAUCUAAAGAGUGCAUUUUCAAGCCUGCUGAAAUCUAAACAAGGCAUCACACAGUCCUAGAUAAUUUUCUUCCAUAUUUGGAAGCAUGACUUUUUUUGUUUUGUAUUUUUUAUGCAUAUUUAUUUUCAUGCCACUGCUACUGUAUAAAGAAGAUAAUUUACAUGAUCAACUGAAAUACUGAACUGUAAUCUGUGUCAGAAAUGGCGAAUAAAAUCUCUUAAUUCCAGUCAA